UCUCCCAACAUGCUAAAAGAAGUCCAACAAUAAACUGGGAGGUAUCUGAUAGUAUUUGGGUCUCACCAUGGACCUGAACACAGCAGCUUUCCUCCUUGGAGCUUUUCUCUGCAGUGUUGGUGGUACUGAGAUAGAGGGCUACUCCAGAACUGAAGGGGCAUGGAUCCUCUCACUGAAUAAACGAAUGUAUUCAGUUAGCAAUUUGGCUGAAUGUGCUGACAAAUGUAACACUGAAACACUCUUCACAUGCAGGACUUUCAUGUAUGAUGAAAACGACAGAGAAUGCUGGACAGCAGCGGCAAACUCUAAAACAGAGAAUAUCAUGCGCAGAGGAAACACAGUUUUAUAUGAAAAAAACGAAUAUCUCUUGGAAUGCGCAAAUGGGAUAGGAACAGAUUACAGAGGAACAAAGUCCAGAACAAAAUCAGAAAAGGUCUGUCAGAGAUGGGACGCAAGCUACCCACACAGGCCAAAUUUCACGCCACAGAGCCACCCACGAGCAGAUCUGGACUCCAACUUCUGCAGAAACCCUGAUGGAGACAAAGGGGGACCCUGGUGUUACACCACUGACUCCCAGAAACGUUGGGAGCACUGCAACGUACCCAGCUGCUCUGGGGAAUGUAUGGUCUGCAAUGGUGAGGACUACAAAGGAACAAUCUCCACCACUGAAAACGGCGUCACCUGCCAACGCUGGGACUCCCAGAAAACUCACAACCAUGACUACCAUCCCAGCAGUCUUCCACAAAAGUAUCUGGAGGAGAACUACUGCAGAAAUCCAGAUGGAGAUCCCCGACCAUGGUGCUUCACCACCAGCCCAUCCAAACGGUGGGACUACUGCUCCAUACCGCGCUGCACUGCUGAACCUUCCACCAUCGUCCCAGAGGUCGACUGUGUCACCGGGGAAGGUGUAGCAUACCGAGGAACAAUUGCUGUAACCGAGUCUGGCAAAAUGUGCCAGAGCUGGUCGGCUCAGAUGCCACAUAAACACAACCAGUCCCCAGAAAACUACCCUUGCAAAGGUCUAGAUAAUAACUACUGUCGUAACCCCAACAAUGAACGGAUGCCGUGGUGCUACACAACUGACCCUGGCAAACGCUGGGAGUACUGCAACGUACCACGGUGUGGGGUUGCACGCAUACAAGAUGAUCCAGUGAUCCCCCCAAAUGAGGAAGACUGCUAUGAAGGGAACGGUGUCAGUUAUCGGGGCUUAACAUCAGAGACCAGCAGUGGGAAAAAAUGUCAGCGUUGGAGCUCCAUGACUCCUCACAGACAUAACAAAACUCCAGAGGCCUACCCAAAUGCGGACCUCAGAGGGAAUCUGUGCAGGAACCCCGAUGGGGACAAAGCUCCCUGGUGUUUCACUACAAACCCCGCAGUCCGCUGGGAGUACUGCAACGUGAAGAGAUGCUCUGUCAGACCUUCAGAAAUCAGUUCUCCUCAGCCACACAUCGCCUCCAUUGCCAUCCAGACUCCACCGGAAAAAGACUGCAAAAUUGGAAAUGGAGAAACAUACCGAGGUCCAACUUCUGUUACUGCGAACGGUGUGACAUGCCAGGCGUGGAGCGCUCAGACUCCUCACAGUCACAUGAGCUUCACCCCAGAGACUCACCCCACCAAGGGUCUGGAAGGCAAUAGCUGCAGAAACCCAGACAACGAUGUAAGUGGACCGUGGUGCUACACUACUGAUAGAGACAGGAUAUGGGAACACUGCCAGAUCCCUGACUGUGUUGAAAUGAAGUGCGGAACACCAGUAAUCAAACCAAAACGUUGUUUUAGUCGUCUUGUCGGUGGCUGUGUGUCGAAUCCUCACUCAUGGCCCUGGCAAAUCAGCCUCCGGACCAGUAUAGGAAAACAUAUCUGCGGAGGAACUCUGAUCUACCCUCAGUGGGUCCUUUCUGCUGCUCACUGCUUCGAGAGCUCCAAACGGCCUUCAGCCUACAAGGUAUUCCUGGGUAUCCACACGGAGCAAGGCAAUGAGCCAUCGAAACAAGAGAGGAGACUUGAGAAAAUAGUUAUGGGACCAAACAGAGCAGAUAUUGCUCUGCUUAAACUCGAGAGCCCUGCAAUAAUAAAUGACAACGUGCAGCCAGCUUGUCUCCCAGAAAAGGACUAUAUAGUUUCCAGUACAGCAGAGUGUUUUGUAACUGGAUGGGGUGAGACUCAAGGUACAGGAGGCGACGGCGUCCUGAAAGAAGAGGGUUUUCCUGUUAUCGAGAACAAGGUGUGUAAUCUACCAGAUUAUCUGAAUGGCAGAGUUCAAAACAACGAGAUGUGUGCUGGAUAUAUCGAGGGAGGAUCGGACAGUUGCCAGGGUGACAGCGGUGGUCCUCUGGUGUGUUAUGAGCAGAACAAGUUUCUCGUGCAGGGUGUCACAUCGUGGGGUCUGGGAUGCGCCAAUGCCAUGAAACCCGGCGUCUACGCCCGAGUGUCUAAGUUUAUGGACUGGAUAGACACAACCAUCAAAGCCAACUAAAAGCUAUCAUCUGCACUGUGGUUACUGAGGAUGUCUUAACCUGUAUAUAUUGUUCUGCUCUGGCAGUGAUUGACUUCAUGGCAUGAUGUUUUUAGGUUUUCUAUUGUAUCCUGAAGUGGAUAGACUAAAAGCAGAGCAUCUUACAGGUUUCAAAAGCAAUGAAAAUGUUUCUGUAACAGGUUAAACAUUUUUUAGAAGCCAUGCUUUACAGAAAAUGUUAGGCUAUUAGUAGGCUAUUAGUAUUAUUUGAGCAGUGAACCAUGCAUAAGCACUCAUGGAAAUAACCAGAACA